AUGAGUUUUGAAGAUCUACUUGAGGAGGUUCUGAACCUUUCAAUGCAUGAUAUAUCAGUAAAACCGGACUCAGCUGAUAUGACUUUUAAGAAUAGCCUGGACAGACUAACCUUAGACACUUUGAGAAUUCUUUGUAACGCAGAAGGUCUAUCUGUUUCAGGAUUCAAGAAGGAGUUAGCGGAUCAUUUUGCACUUAAAAUGGCUAGUAAAAUAAAAGAGAAAGAGUCAGUUAAGUUACCUAAUAGUUUUCAAGUAAAUGAAGAUUGUGACAACCAAGCCAGGGAUAGGUUGAAAGGGAAUAAUCAUAGGUUCGAUCGGGCUCAAGUUUUUGACCAGUCUGUUGAAUUUGGUAAAAUGUUGGAAAGGGUAGCUGAUGAUACUCCAGAAAAGAUCUUUGAAGAAAUUAUUACAAGUAAUGUUAAUGAAAGCAAUAGAAGAGAUAAGUCAAGCUUGCAGUUAGCUGGAAAUCAAAAUGAGAAUAAGUCUUGGCCGGAAGUUAAAAUGGAUAGACCAAGGGACCAAGCUAGAGAAAUAGCCUAUAUGCGAGCAUAUAUGUUGCGAGUUGUGAAUAAGGAGGGCUGGGAUGUUGCAUCAGCCUUAAAAGAUCCAGCUAGUAAGGAUCCAUUGGAGGCUUCUCUUAAGGAGAAGUUAAUGUUAGCGAGACAAUCAGUAAGAAGUAAAAAGCGGAAGACAGAUUACUCAUCUGUGGCCACAUCUUCGAUGACAUACCCCUUCACUUCUCAGGCCCAUUUAAAUCCCUAUGCUCAGUUUAUGCAGCCAGUUCAGAAGUCAUAUCUGGAUCAGAGUAGUAUGCCGUUUUAUCAUACAACUGUACCUCAGCAGCAGCUACCUAGUCAGUUAAGCCAGUUCCCAUCCUACAGUCAAAUGAUACAACAGUUUUUUGGCAGGCAACUACCAGUGCAAGAGAGAGUCUUGCAGAAACCCAAAUUGAAAAUUAAUUGCAGCAAGAGUGGAAUGGCCAAGGAAUUGUUAAUGCAUGUCAAGUCUCUUGUAUUUAAUUCUAUAGGCCCUUCUCAAAGAUCCUGUUUGAAUAAAGCAUAUGAUUAUUUUAGAAAGUUUUGUGGUUGGGCAGGGGUAGCAGAAGAAUAA